AGAAAACACAGUAAUUAUGCAGAGACUGCUAUUAGCAACUCCUUCAUUAAGUUAUAUAUAAACGCUAAUCCCGCUACACCAACUCCCAAUUCCCAAACAUCAUUUUACGCGCCAAAAGUCGCAACUCGCAAAAUCCUCUCUUCUCUUGGGUGACAUUGUACCGGUUUGACCACUGAUUUGUGCUCAGUUUUGAUGGGUUCAAAGAGAAAAUCCAAGAAUUUCAAAAAACGAAACCUAGGUUCUGAUGAUUCUGGCAUUUUCCAGCAUCUGAUCUCAGUCCUUCAAACUCCACAGGGUGUGAAGUUACCUGUGUUGAAAAGUUUGUAUUGCCUACUUGUCCAUUUCUCCUUGAACUCACCAGAAAGUCCAACAUACAAACUUGAUUUUGAUGAUUUGGACAUGGAAGUUGAUCACAAUGGGUUUAAGGCAUCAACGAAAGAUAUAGAAACCCUCUCUGGCAUAUUAUUUGAAGAAAUGUAUGAGGGGUUUGACCAUUUAUUCUCUGCUCCCCGUGAUACUUCUGUGAAUGAUCAGAUACAAGGUAUUUUGCAGAAGAAUAUGUCCAAAGAUGCUGAAACUUUUUAUUUGCUGCUGAGGUGUUGUAUGGUCACCUUGACCUUGCUUGUAUCCCAACACAAUCUUCUUUUAGAAAAAGGGCAGGUCCUUAUGGAGUUGCUCCGAAAGUUAUGUUCAAUAAACACAUUUGCUGCAGGAAAUAGGAUGGAAAUUACUUUUCAAAAAUCAGUUUCUCAUGCAUGCACAUCAGAGGAUAAUGAUUGCAGAACAACCUCUACAGAGGACAUUGUUGCAUCCCUCCAUUUCUUUGAGCCAUCUGAUCUUCAUACUUCUUUCUUGUGUGCGACAUUUGAGGUUUUCGUGGAUGAGCUUCUGGUGCAUGGACAGUUGAGACAGUACUUUAAGCUUAUUGAUUCUCUAGCUUCUUCUGCUGAAAUUUUAUUUACACCUCAUCCUGGUCCAGGAGAUAUAGGAAUAGUAAUGGAAGUUUUGUCUAGGUACUUCUUAAUAUCAUGGUCUGAUGAGCAUAGGUCUGGAGAUCAACUUAACAGAUUAUUAUUGGUAAACAAUGAAUAUUUCAAGUCCUCAUUAAAAGCUCAUGAAUUGAGUCUGUCUGCAGCCAUAUCGUUGCUUCUCAACCCCAUCAUUCUUUCUUCCCCCAAACUAAUGCAAGCACAAUUGAUUUCAAUGAUUUACGAGGCCACCUUUUUGCUGGUGGAUAUUCUAAACCUAAAGAGAAAUCAUAGACCUUUCAAAUUCUUUCUCUCACUGUUUGAAAAAUCAGUAGCUUUGUACAUGAAACAUAUGUCCCUGUUGCAAAUUGACUGUCAGUCAUCAUUUGUUAGUCAUUCUUCUACCAAAGGUGCAGAAGGGAAGGUCAUUCAUCCCCUUUUUGAAUUGUGUAUAUUAGCAAGCACAAGAAAGGAGAUCAAUAAUUUAAUUUUGAAGUUUGAGGAUUCAUCACAAUCUCACUUUCUUAAACUUUUUUUUGAAAUGAAAUCUGACCUGAUAAGUUCCUGUGUAACAUUUGUCAAAGAGAGUCGGUAUCUUCUAGACAACUCCUGCCAAGAUGAGAUUAUGUCCACCUUAAGUUGCCUAAUUUUAAGAGCUUCGAACAAUUUCGAGGAGAACGCAAUUGUGGAUACAAGUCUGGAAGAUAUUUGUCUGCUUGUUUCUACACUGAAGUUAAUGAGCUCUUCCUUGUUACAAGUUGUCUGGUGCCUCAGAUGCAACUUGAAUUCUGGUUGUCCAAAAACCUUGAAAGAUUUUUCAUCCUGUGGGGAAUACAAUUCUAUUUUGGGAAUAAUUGACUGUUUUAAAGAGCUCAGCAUACACAGUUCAGUCCAAAAUUUAUCACAACAAAUGAUGGAAAAAGAGUCUGAGAAGCACAAAGUUUCGAAGAUGAUGUUUCUGCAUUUUUCAGGAUUGCUUUCAUUCAGUUUCUUUAAGAGGCUUGAUUGUUUAGCAAAAGGCUGUUUGUUUGUUAUUACAGCUAUGCUGAAUUUAUUCAUCUUUGAAGAAGGUAAUUUGGAUAUAUUCCAGUCGCUAGUUGAUCCAACUCCAGACUCCUUUUCAUCUGGAUUAUCUGCUGUCAGAAUCCAUGAGGCUGUAGUGGACAAGAGAUCUAGUCUUGUGGUUGCAUCAAAGUUUCAGAACGCAAGGACCCUGCAUUCAAGUUCAAGAAGGAAGGGAGAGAGCUCAGCGCUAAGCACCUCUGAGCUAUAUAACAAUGAAGAUAUUGAAGCAAUGGAAGAGGAGACGGAGGAAACAACCAACGGGAAAAUAUUUCUCAAUUGCAGAUUGCAAGCUGGACAAGUCCCUGAUUUUGAUGACUUAGCUGAUUUUAUCGAGUGCAAGCAAGGAAAGGACUACUCUUCUUGGCUAAAGCAUCGCCAAGAAUAUCGAAAGUUGAAAUGUGACAAGAUGGCACUGUUAAGGUGGAAAAGGAAGAAGAAAUCUUGGAAAGUCAUGAAAAGGAAUAAACCUUGAAUUAACUUGGAGAGUUUUCUUGGAAAGGGAACUGGUGAGUUGAAAUUCCAGCUUGCCAACCGAUGCUACUUCUGCCACAAGCACACAGAAAGUGUCAACCACUUGCUACUGCACUGCCCAGUUGCCUCAGACCUUUGGAAUAUGUUUGCUGUUUUUUGGUCUUUCCUGGAUCAUGCCCUUCUGUGUUAGGGAUGCUCUUGAAAGUUGGAGUUCACUGGAAGUUUACAAAGCCAACCAUCAAGGGUAUCUGGAUGAUGAUCCCUGGUGCUAUCUUUUGGUGUUUAUGGACAGAGAGAACCAAAUAUUUUGAUGGAAUUUCAACUUCUAGAAAUCUUUUGCGAGGCAGAUGUCUAGUUAGCCUUUUUAGCUGGUCCAAAUUGACCCUUGUAUAUAAUUUAGUACUCUUCUUGGAUUUUGUUAGCUCUAUAGUUUAAGAAGAAGCUACAAAUCCUUAUUUUUGUGAGCUCAACUGAUCUAUCCUUGUAAAGCGUGCAUCUUCUUGAUGCCUUUAAAUGAAUCUACUUCAUCAAAGAAAAAGUAGAGGAGACUGGUGAGUUGAGCUUCAUUGUGUUGACCUGGACAUAUAUUAGGAUAUCGCCAACUGAACAAUUGCUGUUGAAUGAUGUUUUGACAAUGCUUUCCUCAGUACAUGUAAGAAAAUUGCUUAAAGGGUUUUAUUUAAUGUCUGCAGUCUCAUUUAAGUAGGGUGAAAUCCGAAGACAGAUAUGCUUGUAAGUCGGAUCCUAGCAAGUUAAUGGAGCUUCCUUUUGUCCUUAUUAAGGCGGUGAAAUGGCUAUAGAGUCCAGGAAACUGCCUCUGCAACACGAUUAAGCUGAUAUUACAUCUUGAUUUAGGCAUAGCAGAGUUUGGCAUGCUGACCUUGAACUUGGUUCAAGGUACCAGAUGCUUUUACGGAUAAAUUUAUGGGCAAAUUACACCAGACGACACUCCCUAAGAUAUGUUUACCACUUUUUGGACCUAACUUUAUAAAAUAACCCAAAAUGGCCCAAUUUUAACAAAAAGGCCAUAUUUGGUGUGAUUUUCCCUAAACUUAACACACCUCUCUUCUGAAAGAAAGAAAAUGUCUGAAGAAGUUCUCCUCUUCUUACCUUUCAGUUUUCAGGUCGGCUUCUUCAGGCUUCUACAUCUUCUGAUUGAGGUAAAGUAAAUAAGGUUGAUAUGACGUCUAGCAUUGUGUCUGAUGCUAUUCCGAUUUCUAAUAUAAGCCCGAUUUUCAUGGAUAACAAAGUGCAAAAAGACACAGAUGUGAUGCCGAUUACAAUUGCGAGUACAAUCCCUAUU